UAAGAAGAACAACAACAACAACAACACGAAGAAAGUAGUAACGUAGUUGUUUGCCUUGGUUUAGACCGUUAAGACAUUUGAAUCCGCAAACUCCUUCGAGUUGUUGAGAAUUCUGUCCAGGCAAAGCAGUAGUUAGUAGCAAACAGCAUUUUUUGGUGUUGGUAGUAUACGUCGCCGCCAUAUUGGACCGGGCUACUUCUCAGAAGAUUAACGUUUGUCUGGAAAAGAGAUGCCUGACUCGUGUGCAGCUUGGGGCUGUAAAAACCGUCGAACAGCCCAAUCCAGAUCUCUGGGAAUUACCUUUCACAAGUUUCCCAAAGCGAAAGAGGUGAGGAGGCAGUGGGAAAUAGCUGUAAGAAGGAAAGGUUUUUCUGCCAGUCGGUCCUCCGUGCUCUGCAGUGAGCAUUUCAAGCUGCAGGACUUUGACAGCACAGGACAGACUGUCAGGAUUAGAGAUGGAGCUCAACCAUCUGUCUUCAAUUUCCCGAAACAUCUACAAAGACCAGUGGCAACCAGGACAACAAAAACCUCAAGGAAGGCUGAAGAGAAGCUGUCAGUGGACUCUUCUCCGCUUUUGAAAGAGACUGAACCUCUCAUCGUUGACCACUCCUAUGCAUUGCCUUCAUCCCUCACUGAUCUUAAGGCCAGACUCAGUGAAGCCUUGGCUAGGGUGGAGAGUCUGGAACGAGAGAUGAGGAACGUGAAGGACCGAGAACGGAGGGCAAAGAAGAUGGUGCAUGGUCUUCUGGAAGAUCUGAGGAGGAAUCGCCAAUCCCCCUGUUUUGUAAAAAUAAAGCAUAAAUUGUACAGGACAAAACGUAGAAACUUGCACAUCAGGUAGAGCCUAGAGCUUUUUGUUGUUAUGAAUGAGGUUCUUUUUUUUACUUGUACCAAAGUCUUUGUUUUCUGGAUGUCUUGCGGAGGGAGGACAUAAAUGCUGUAAGAAGCACAGCAUCACUCUGUUGUGGUAAAUAUAAUAUGUAAUAUUUCUGCAUUAAAAUGUCUAAAAUAGAC